AUGUCUCGCCCCGAGGAUACCCUUGCGGCCGACGUCCAUUAUGACGAUAUCGAAGCCCGAAAAUACACGACGAGCUCGCGAAUCCAGAACAUUCAGGCCUCCAUGACGAGGAGAGCCCUGGAGCUUCUCGACCUCAAGGGACCCUCUUUUAUUCUCGACGUUGGAUGCGGAAGUGGUCUCUCUGGCGAGAUCCUCUCAUCUCUCGAACCUGAGGAGGGCGGCCCUCACACCUGGAUCGGAAUGGACGUUUCGCCUUCAAUGCUGGAUAUUGCGCUUCAGAGAGAUGUCGAGGGCGACCUGAUGCUGGCCGACAUUGGUCAGGGUGUACCUUUCCGAGCUGGUACCUUUGAUGCCGCCAUUAGCAUCUCCGCCAUUCAAUGGCUUUGCAGUGCCGAAACGAGCGAUACCUCUCCCGCUGGCCGACUAUCGCGAUUCUUCAACGGACUCUACGCUUCGCUCAAGCGCGGUGGUCGCGCCGUCUGUCAAUUCUACCCCAAAAACGACCAGCAAAGAAACAUGAUCACCCAAGCGGCGGUCAAGGCAGGCUUCGGCGCCGGUCUUCUUGAGGACGACCCCGGUACCAAGAACGUGAAGCUUUACCUGGUCCUGACAGUCGGUGGUGGUUCCCUCGAGUCCAAGGGCGGCGACAUCACAGGCGUGGUCGAGGGUAUGGACGACGUCGACGUGCAGGAUGCGCGAAGGACCAUCAAGAAUAACAACACGACCAUGAAGAAGGGCAGCAAGGCUUGGAUCAUCAAGAAGAAGGAGCAGAUGGAGCGCAAGGGCAAGAUCGUCAAGGCAACCUCCAAGUAUACCGGACGAAAGCGACGAGUUGCCUUCUAA